AUGGACUUGCAGCAAAGAAAGGCUCUUGCAAAUGGGGAUCACGUGACCGACAGGCAAAAACAAUGGGCAUCCCUUGGUGCUUGGUUUUUGGGACCCAAAGGAGAAAAUGGGGAAGUGUUUCGGGACCUCUUGACGAAGGCUGUCGAUUCGCAUAUCGGAUUCCGUCAAAGGUAAUUUAAAGUAUAGGAGCACACAUGUAAUGUGGCCAGCAACAAUCAGGCUAUAACGUGUUGUCUUCAUUUAUUUUUCUUAAAUGGGUAAUUUAUUUAUCUUACAGACUUGAAUUUUUUCUUGUAAUUAAUCACUUCAGCCACACCUAUAGUUAUUUGAAAUUGUCGAAACAAGAAGCAUGGCUUAUUUGUAAGCUUUGCGCCAUUAAUCCAAAAGCCUACGUACAGAGGUCGCACAAAACGGAGAGGGGACAAAGCAGGCCGUAUAGAGAUUCUCCGAAACUGGUAUUUUAAGCAAAUAUAGACACCAUGAAUGGUUUUAUUCAACUUUCAUUCGAAUUAAAACGGCUACCGCGUUUCCCGCAGAUACGACGCUGGUUCACGCACGCUCACUACUUACUUUUGUGUUAAGAAAAUCUCGUCAGCUCGUAAUCGUCCUUGUCUCUAAUUACAAAGAGCUCUUAAGUUAUCUAAAAAAACUAAGAGACGUGCCGGUGCUCACAGACAAAUGGUUUCACACCAAAAAAGUAUCACAUUUAUUCAUGUUAUACUCACCUCAUCCAAUAAUUGUCCAUUGUGUUCAACAGUUACUUUCCCUGUGAUCCCCCUUACGUCACAGACCAGCUUCGAGAAGCAGGAUCCUUCAACUUUGCCAUGGAGAAGUUAAAAACUGAGAUGGAAAAAUUGCAGGCCGAAUUAAAAAAGUCUGUUCCAUUCUUCAGUUCAAGAUACAAGGUAAAUAAAUCAAGAAUUAAUUACUUUCAAGCAUCAAUUCAUCUAUUCAUUUCGUUUUUUUUUCUUUUUCCUCAUGAAAAAUAAUAAUAACCGACAUAACGAUAUUGACGAACGUAACGAUAAAGAUAAAGAUAAAAACAAAGCCAUGAUAAUGAUAAUGACAGUGACAAUGAUAAUCAUAAUCAUAAAGUUAAUGAUAAUCAUAAUCAUAAUAAUAACGAUAAAGAUAAUGGUAAGGAUAGUAAUAAUGAUAAUAAUAAAGAUAAAGAUAAAGACAAUGAUAUUGAUAAUGACAGUGAUAAUGGUAAUGAUAAAGUUAAUGGUAAUGAUAAUGAUAAUAAUAAUGAUCAUGAUAAUAAUAAUGCUAAUGAUAAUAAUAAUGAUAAUGAUAUUGAUAAUGACAGUGAUAAUGGUAAUGAUAAUGAUAAUGAUAAUGAUAAUAAUAAUGAUAAUGAUAAUAAUAAUGAUAAUGAUAUUGAUAAUGACAGUGAUAAUGGUAAUGAUAAUGAUAAAGUUAAUGAUGACGACAACAAAAUGAUGAUGAUAAAAAUAAUGAUGAUGAUAAUGACCAUGAUAAUGAUAAAGUUUUGAAAAUGAGAAUGGUGAUGAUAACGACAAAGGUCUUGAAAAUGAUAAUUGAUACCACUACUAGUGCUACUACGGAGCGCGCUCCUAUGCCUAAAGGGAUCGAGAACCCCGAGAAGGAGGAACUUAGAUGUUAAGGACAGGGAUCUAGAAAUAGAGAAGGGUCAAGCAGGACUUCCCUAGACUCAACAGCUAUAGAUGCCUUAUUAAUUGUCUUUAUUUUAUUUUAUUUAAACAUUUGAAAGAAACUUUUGAAUUUUAGAGGCUGACAGUUUUUUUUUAUUGAAAUGAAAUGUUUUUAAUUCGAAUAAAUUUUUCUUAGUUAAGUUAACUUUUUCUAAGCUAAAUGAAGUGUUUUUUAAAUCGACAGGAAUUGUAAAUAGUGUUUUGAAUGAAUAGUUUUUUCUUUUUUUCAAGCGAAUUAAUUGUAAAUAGGAUUUUAAUAUAGUUAGCAUUGUUGUCAAUAAAAUUUUUUCAUUACUAAAAAAAAACUAGUGCUACUACUAGUAAUGUUUUAUUCAACUUUAAAAAUAUGUGCAUAAUUUACAGAAAUGUUUGAAGUAAGAAUUAAGCAGUAUAUAACAUUAAGAAUUAUAUAAAUCAUAAAAAUACGAUCACAGUGUCAAUAAUGAUUAACAAAUACAUUCUUGGCGGCUCAGAUGCGAUCAACAACUCUUGCAGGCGGUCCAGCGUUUUAAUAAUAUACAUAUAAUAUUAUACAUAUACUAUUACCACUACUAAUAAAAAUAGUAAUAAUAAUAAUAAUAAUAAUAAUAAUAAUAUUAACAGGAGGCCAUUAUAAUAAUAACAAAUAAGUAUAGAAAUAAGUAAGAAGAGAAUUUAUUUAAAGAACCUGUAGCACUUAAUAGCCAUAGGAAGAGGCUCACAAACUAUUGACCCUUUUAAAGUUUUGGCCCUCAUAUUAAAAGGAUAUAUAGCUUUUACAUCUACGCCUUUGUUUAUGAUUAUAUUAUACUAACUAACAACCCGUAUUUCUUUUCCUUAGGGCCACGUUCAAUGGGAGACAGCGAUGCCAGCUAACCUUGGCUACAUGUCUGCAAUGUUGUACAACCAAAACAACUGCGCAUCAGAAUCCUCUCCUGUCACAAGUAAAUACGAAAUGGAGGUGGGCAAAGACCUGUGUGUCAUGCUGGGGUAUGACAGGGACAGAUGUAUGGGACAUCUCACCGCUGGGGGGUCUGUAGCCAACAUUGAAGCAAUUUGGGCGGGACGAAAUGUGAAGUACUUUCCACUGGGACUGCAAGAAGCUUUGUUGAAGGACAAAAGACUUUCUGGUGCCAAAAGUUACAAGGUACGUUUCCCUGUUUUACUUACGUUCUGGUUUAUUUAUCCAUGCACUUUACCUUUUGCAUUGUUUAAGCAUAAUGUGCACGGAUAGCUUUGGUAGACUAUAUAAGAAAAUACCAUUUUCAGUUUGGCCAGCCGUGGAAAAUGAACAUUACUUACCGCCGAGAGUGCUAAGAAGGCACAAGGACCAGAAUAGGAGAAAAUUAAUGGAGUUUCUGUUUUAAAUAACUCUCAUAUGCCAAGUAAACAUCUGCGAUGAAAUUAACUUGAUUGAGUACUCAUGGUGUAAAGACAUUGCAUCGUUUAAAUCACAACCACUUACACUGUAUAACUUAGGUUCUUUUCACUGGAAACCAUUUAUAUUUUUUUUGUUUAAUUUUUUUAUUAUUAUCGAUUUGCUCAACAUUGUAUGUAAGGUUACAAUGUUUUGAUAGUACUUAAGAAAUAAUUACAAUAUCGAACAGGAAGUCUCAGAAACCUUUGUGGUCUUAUCGAGGAGACUCCAUGUCAGUUUUCAUCAAUUUCAUUUGAUUAUGAUGACAUAGACGAUUUUGGCUAGGAAAUAAGGUUUUACAUCAUCAAUACUAUGUAUGUGCUUACAUCGAAUGUAUAAAUAAAAUAUUACAAAUGUGGCAUCACUGUUUCGUUCUACCUCUUCACUCAUCAGAUGAAUAUUCUCAAUAAGUUUAAAAGAAUAACUUGACCGACUAUCUCUUAUGUCAUCCGCUAAGCUAUUAUAAAUUAUAUCUAACCCCUUGUUUGCAACAGCAAAUUUUCGUACGUUUGUUUUACCCAGGGGCUUAUGUAGACGUUUAUGUAUAAACGAGUGUUAUGAUAAUGGAUUUCAUUAUUUUUCUUAAAAUUAAAUAUUUGUUAACGCUCCAGGAAGUUGAUUUUGUGAGGACUGAUAUUUUAGACAUUCAACAACAAAUUUAUUCAUCUGUUAAAUAUUGAGAAUAUUAAAUUGUUGAAAUAAAGAUUUGGACAAAUGAUUAUACUUUAAGAAAAAAAAAAAAAAAAACAGCAUGAUCCCGACAAGUUAUUUUGCUGCAGCUUAAAAAUCUUGUCUAGAUUCUCUCGACUCUCAAAGUUUGUCUCGCUUCAGCCAGAGAAACAUCGAGAUUUUUUUAGUAUUAUUAUAACUAUUAUUUCCUGGCAAAGAGAAUUAACCAUGUCCUGUGAGUGUUUAGUGACGGAUUCAUAUUUUUUUCUAACUUUAUUUUUCUCCGGUCAGGUUUUAUUUCCUCAAAGAGGAAAAGAAGAAGAAUUAAUCAGCGCUUCACAGUGGGAACUCCUUAACCUUGAUGUCGACACUAUCUUACAAAUGCCUUCAGAUGUACAAGCUUUGGCAAGCCUCGAACAUCAUGAAUUUAUGGAAAUAAUGUCGAAGUACCUUUACGAGUCCAUUGGGACACAGGAGUUUGUAAGGCGACAUAUGCUAACACAAAGUCCAUGCAUUGUUGUUCCAAGCACAUUACACAUUUCCUUAACGAAAGCAGCCACAAUCCUUGGACUUGGUCGAGAGAGCCUUGUUUCUGUAGCAGUUGACGAAAACUCGCGGAUGGACCCUAUUGGUUGGUAUAGUUUCUGUCCUUUGUCUCCAUUUAGCCCCAACUUUUUUUUCUUUUAAACAAUUAACAACAAAAAACCUGAAAACGGAAACAGAAAAAGUAACUGUCAGGUGUAUUUAAUUAACAUUAACAAAAUGCGUAUUAACCAAGUUGUGACUUAUAUAUGAAAGUGAAUUACAUUUACUUACUCUUUGUUUGUAAUCGAUCAUCAGAGUAGUUUUUCAUUGAAAGAUAACAUUUACUUUUAUGAAAUUUUAGAUUUGAACCGCACUCUAAAAGAAAAAUUGGAUAAGGAAAUUCCAGUCAUAACGGUUGUAGCUGUCACAGGAACAACAGAGCAAGGCGCCGUUGAUCCAGUGACUGCAGUUGUCUAUUCGCGCGAAAAGUUUAGAAUGAAGGUAAGGAUAACUUGAACUGUAUUUGACUUCAUAUCUAAAAUUUCCUACACUGUCAAAACCAUCAAACUCAUCAUCAUCAUCAUCAUCAUCAUCAUCAUGAUAAUCAUCAUUUCUAUAUUCAUCGGGAUCACUAAGAUAAUCAAUCGUUUUCGGCAAUGUAAUAAUUAUAUAGAUCCCUUUUUACCUGGCACCACUUUCCUAAAAUAUUUAUGCCAUAAAUUAGGUAUUACUUUGAAGAAUUGUCAAUUUUAAAAACCCAUGUCUUUAUUUAUAUGAAGGGUCUCAACUUCAGCAUUCACGCGGAUGCAGCCUGGGGAGGAUAUUUCUGUAGUAUGCUGCGCGCGCAGCCGGAGAGCAGUCCUAUGCCGACAGCCAAAGAAACAGGAUUUGUUCCAGAAAUGUACCUGAGUUCCUACGUCCACGAACAGUUAUCAGCUCUCCACCAUUGUGAUACAAUCACUGUUGAUCCCCACAAAUCUGGGUUCUGUCCUUAUCCUGGUGGUGCAAUCUGUUAUAGAGACAGAAAGAUGAAUUCAUUUCUGUCAAUCACCAGUAAGGCGCUCUUUUUGCAUGGGAACAUGCUUCUUAAUAAUGUUGGUAUCGAGGGAUCCAAACCGGGGGCAGCUGCUGUAGGGGUCAUGAUGGCAAACAGGGUAACCAUUUAUGAAUCUUUUUCUUUUAGUAAUGUAUUAAAAAAAAGUCUAUAUAAGACAGCCCAAUUAUUACGACUACUUAUCGACAAAACAACAAGUUAUUUUUCUGGCUCAUGUGUGAUAUCAUCAUAAAAAAUAACCAUAGAAUUUGAGUCAGUCUCUUCUGGAGACAAGUGAGCUUGAUGCUUAUAGUACAGUUGUUAUUCUAAGCAUAGGGUCAAAGAAGCGAAGGUUUUCGAUUUCAGAAAGCACAGAUGUGCGUAUUCUAAGUAAGCUCGAAAUUUGUCAACAUGGAUGUGAAAACCUUAAUAUGUGUGGCGAAGCCUUUUUUAACCCUCAGGUCUGGUUGUUCCGCUGGAAACGGAAACAGUAAACAAUUCGAAAAUUUAUCAAAGUCCAUUAAAGCAUAAUUUUUGUACCACAGAAUUUAUGUUUAAAAGAGGGAUUAGUCGACUAUUGUUCUUGCCAGUUGCUUAUAGGAUGUAUAAAGCUUACUUAGUGUUCUUCAAUAUCGUUUCCUCAUUUUCUAGGUCAUUGGUCUUCACAAAAACGGUUAUGGUCGUAUCCUGGCUGAGUGCAUGUUCAACGCAAAGAUCCUGUACUGUCAGUGGGCAACGCUGGCCAAAGAAGACGACAUUUUUGUCAUCAAAACGACGAUUCCUCUACCCAGUUUGACUAACUGGUCAGAGGAGGAUCAUAUUACAUUCAUCAGAGAACGAAUUGUCGGAAAAAGCAACGAAGAAAUUGCUCGGGUAAAUCUUUUAGCUUGUUUAUCUGAAAUCAAGUCACUAGUGGGACAUUUCACGAUAUACCACUCGCAGGCGUUGCACAAGUGGUAUUUUAUAAGUCAGAGUUAUUAGUCAAGAGUAAUUAAAUAGAAGGAGGUUUCGUACGGCCCAAUAACGUCAGUCUAAUUUACUACAGUGAUUGCAUUAAUAACUUUUAUACAUAACUCUGCUGUUGAAUGACUCCCGACAACUAAUUCCUAUUCUAAGAAAACAUACGACAAAAUACAUGUAGCGAAUAGGCAAGAAACUCUUUCUGAGUGCCUUUCACGACCUUAACUGACUACUAGUUAUAGGUGUAGGUGCGACCAGGCUUUUGCCAGCUAAUCGGAUUUGAGAAAUUUAGGACCAAACGAUCAUUAAUUAAUAGACCGGUUUUAGCUUGUAUGUUUUAUUUUCCAAUUGCAGACCACGUGAUCGUACCUGAGAGAAUUGUUUCUUUCAAACGUCGUCCGAUACAUGUGCAUCCACGUGCAUAUGUAUGCAUAAUGUAUGAAAAGACAAAAAGGAAAAUCUCCAGGCGAACAUCAUCACGUGGUCUGAAUAGGGAAAACGAAACUUACAAGCUAAAAUGGUCUAAUGAAAGUUUCAUCAAAGCAGACGUUCAGGGUACUAUUAAAGCCCUUUGUUAUAAACGGAGCAAUAGCACUCUAACUGACGUCACCCUUUGAAUUUGCUUGCGGUGACAAUUUUUUCUACUUUAACAUUGACAGCGAAGCAACUCUUUGAUAACACGCACAGCAAAAAAGUUAAGUACUGUUUUAUCUUCUCUGUCGUUUAGGAUGAUAAAGCUAUGCUUUACCUAAAGGAAGUGGGCCCUGACACCUUGAUACCGUGUUUCGCUGUAAACCUGAAAGGAAACCAAAGCGUUGAAGUGUGCAAUGCAAUCAACACAGUGAUAUUCGAAAGCCUCACUCACACAUCAGGGGAACAUACAGCGUUUCGCAUCCCAAUGCUUGUUACCUCGUCAAGUCUGGUGUCCCACGUCCACAGUGUUGCAGCCACAAAUUUCAAGACAAGAUUAGGGGUAAGAGAAAACAACAAGAAUCGAAAUCUGGUAUAAAGAGAAACCUUCUCGAUUCCCUUUCCUUUUCGAAAUUCGAUUUAUAUUUUAAAAGAUCACGUGAUAUAUCUAGGACCAUAUAAAUAACUGAAAAUUAUCGAUGGUUUUUCUUGACCACAGCCAUGAAAAGUGAGCCAGAAUUACGCGUGCCUAAACUGCAAUAUGCACUAAUCUACACAUCUUUCUUUCUUCCUUUUUUUAUUCAGCUUAACUCAAACAACGACACACCAGUCAAAUAUAUCAUAACAACUUGCAUGGAUCCCUGGGUCACGUCUUUAGAUUUUAUGGACCACGUGUCAUCUGUCAUGAGGAACACUAUUUUGUGCGCAAUUGGAAGGGUAAGGGCUAAUUUAAUUUUUAAAAACCUUUGAUUUUAAGUAAAAGGUGGAAUGCCCUUAAUACAUCAAUGAUUUAUGACCAGCAUUGCUAUUUUCAUCUCUCCUUUAUAUUCAAGGUUACUGAUCCUACUGCCCUCCACAACUUUGUCAGUACGGGAGUUGUAAAUGAACAGAACGAAGUAAUCGCCUGUUAUGUUGGAGAUUUUAACAGAGUUCAGAAGCAGUACGAAGCAAUUGUCAAGUUAAAAUUCAUGUGCGACAGGGACGUCGAGAAGUACAUCGCGACAGAAAAGAAGUUGUUAAAGGAAAAUGGUGUCCGAAAACCAAUUGUCUUUCGAAGCAAACGGCAAAGACUCCAUGAUGUCUUCUUCAAGGAUACAGGGUACUCUGGUGAAUUGGAGGAGUUCGACUGUUUCAUUGGUUUGCCUUCUGAUAACAGUAACCACCCGUUUAUGAGUCCAAAAAUGAAGAUCGUAGACGUUCCACGUUACGAGCAUUUUGACAAUCACGAAUCUCCUGACCAAAGUUACUACGUCAUGUACGGUGACAUGAAAAACGUGUUUUUGUUUCACAUCCCUACCAAGAGUUCUGACUUUUAUCAGGUAACAACGCUCGGUUGAUCCAGUAUACUAUAUCAUUAUCAUCAUCAUUAUCAUUUUUUUUUUUUUUUACUUUACGUCAGAUCAGAUACCAAAAGCUUCGAAUCCUUCCAGGCAAUAAAUAUAACUCCCUGUCAAUUCAUAAGCCAUCUUUCCAUUACCGUUUUUAUUCUCAAGUAAAAAGAUGCAUGGAUCAAAAGCUAUUUUCGCUGAAAACUGAGGGGUUCGUUCGUAAUGAAGCUGUGAACUGUGUAAGACAUGAGAUUUCAUCACAUGAACAUUAUGUAAAUUACGUCACAUGACCUCCUAAGACCACAGACUCCCAAAAAAUCUUUGAGCAAAAAUGGCAGCCAUUUAGAUUCGAAGCAUCCAACUAAAUUGCUACAAGACAACUUACAAUAUAAAGAACUACCAAAUUGUGCUUGGCAACAUUUGAAUAUGUAAUUACUUUUGUGGAUAAACGGUUUUUCUGACUAGUGCUCAGUCCCCCCAUUUCAAGUGGUUCCUUUAAUCACACUUUUCCUUUACAAUAUGUUAAAUGAUAUACCUGAAGGCAUUAAAAUUAUGCAACUAAUAAAAAAAGGUUAAGGACACAAGAAAAAGUGUGCCCAUAACCAAAUUGGCAAAAAAUGAAAGUGGGCUUGUCAGACCAAGUUUCAAGCUGCUACUGCAAAAGCUUUGAAAGAAAGACUACCCCCACCCACCCACCCCAAUUUUUCGCUGAAUAAGUGGAGACCCAUGCUUUAGUUAACUUGAGUUAUUCUCAUUCUCAUUAUCACUUUCAGUAUAAUCAUCAUCAUCAUCAUUGCUGAAUAAAAUAGUAAUAAUAAUAAUAACAAUAACAUUGUCAUUAUUAUUAUUAUUAUUAUUAUUAUUAUUGUUAUCGUUAUUGUUAUUAUUAUUAGGGCUGAUUAACAAAUCUCAUUCCCUUGUUUUCUUUUUUUUUUUUCUCGUUCUACUGAAGAUUGUAGAACUUGAUGGUUUUCCAGACAAUGUAGGAUUUGAAGAAGAUGAUGACCUUUUACUCAAACACGGAAUUGAAGUGAAAAUUCCCAGCAUUCCUGGUGAGCCUAUGAUUGUAAACGGAGAAAUCCAGGAACCCUUGGAGAAAAGCGAAUUUGACAUAAAUUUUCUUGGAAUUAACGGCAAAGAAGUUAAGAGU